AGGUGUGAGUUGCUCAUUAACAUUUCUUUUGUUUCCAAGAAUGGGAAAGAGGUCUGAGGUGUGAAUUGGUCAUUACAAUGUGUGACAAGCUUGAUAGGAACAUCCUGUGUUCAGUGUUUUGUCCAUCUGAGAACCUUGAAAAUGCUUUGCAUGCAUUUUUCAUGAUUCAAACUCAAGCGCUUAUAAACGCGAUUUGCAGCAUGUAGGUGCAUUUAGCUGCAUUUACAAAUGUUUUGCAUUUGAAACGCUGAUAAAAUCGACGUCUGAACGCAGGUUUGUUG